UGUGUGGGGGAAGUGAGCGUCUAAGCUCCCCCGGCUGGACGCUGAGGAGAUGCAUCGGGGCAGGAGAUGCAUCCACACCGAGAGGGGCAAAUGGACUGAUCCAGAACACAGAGGCAGGAGUGAAGGCCAUCAGCAUGGAUCGCAUGGAUGAAGCUGGAUGCCGUUUCCUUCUUUCCUCUCUGGGAGCUCCACAGUAGAAUGCACGUCUGUGUCCUCUGAUUGCUUCUACAAAUGGUUGUCCCCCACUGUGUCUUCAUCCUGUCCAGCUUGACAGUCGUCUCGCUUCUGGGUUUGGAGGAUGUUUUCUUCAGUCCUCAGAACCAGACGGUCAGAGAAGGAGGGGCGGUUUUCCUGCAGUGUGUGUCAGGGGAGAGCUCUUCUCCUGCAGAAAUCUUCUGGCUCAAAGAUGGAACCACGGUCACCAGGGGAAGACACUUCCAGGGGGAGUACGGUGGCGGGCAGCAAAACAAAACCUCAGGCACGCUUCACCUCUCUAACGUGACAUUACACGAUGACGGAGUUUAUGUCUGUGUCACAAGAAAUCCGUCACUGAACAUCAGCAGGAAGAGCAAACCGGCUAAGCUGACCGUGCAAGUUUACCUUGCAGGGGUGCGGAGGAAGCUGCAGAUCACCCAGGGCCCUGACAACACAACUGUUGCUAUGGGAACCAAUGUCUCCAUGCAAUGCACUGUUUCUGGCUUCCCUGUUCCCAUGGUGCGCUGGUUCAAAGACGGGUUCCUCCUGCCCAACGGCUCGGCUUCAUUCAGCCUCCAGAACAAUGGGCAGCUGCUCACAUUCAGAAAUGUGACAAGGGAGGAUGAGGGCUUUUAUCACUGUGAAGCAUCCAACCAGAACCAGACUGUCCAAUCAGAGCCGGCCUUCCUCCUCCCAGCUGAGAUGGGCUGGACUUUUGUGCAGGAGCCCACAAACAUGACGGUGAAGAGAGGAGAAAACCUGACUCUCAGCUGCAGUCCUCCUCACAGCAGGCCAGAGGCUCGGGUCACCUGGUUCAGAAACGACCAGCUGCUGUUUCCCACGGGCCACAUCACUGCGCUGCCCAAUGGGGACCUUUUCUUUCUGCGUGUCCAGGAGAGCGACAGCGGCAGCUACUUCUGCAGAGCCUCCAACAUCCACCUCCAAAGAUUCAUCACGUCUACCAGAGCAGCAGUGACUGUGCUGACCCCUCCAACGGUGAAACUGCACCCCCAGGUGUUGACGGUGGCUGCGGGGGCUCAGGCUGUGCUGGAGUGUGAGGUGUCGGGUCGGCCUUCGCCUUCCAUCAGCUGGGUGAAGAGAGGUCACUCCAAGCAGACAGGGGGCAGGGUGGUGUUGGGACGGAGAACUGCAAGUCUGCACAUCCAGUCCGCCAGGCGCUACGAUGAGGCAGAGUAUCUGUGCGAAGCGUCCAACAUGCUGGGAAAAAGCUACAGCGCAGCCCUGCUGAGAGUUGCUGUGAGCCCCAUCAUUGUGACCCACACGGAUCAGGUGGUGUGCAGGACGGGGACUGUGGCGAUCCUGCCCUGCAGAGCUGUGGGGGAACAGCCCAUCACGUACCGGUGGACCAAAGACAGAGCCGGGAUCCGGUCCUCCAUCCCCAUCACUGAAGACAAAUACAUCAGCGCGGAUGGAGACCUGCACAUUUCCAGGGUUCAGUACUCAGAUGCAGGACACUAUUACUGUGUGGCUGAAAACACAGCCGGGCGACAUCAGAGGCGCACGGUGCUCGCUGUCACAGGUUCUGGCUCCAACAACAUGACUACAUCCCUCACAUCUCCAAGGAAAGCUGUGGCUGAACUGAUAAUGCCUCCUGAGACGCUUGAGGUUUUACAGCAGCACCUAAAUCAACAAGCAACCAAUCCAACACAAGUGUUGGUGACGCAGAUUCAGCCUCCCAUGUUGCCGCCUCCGCCCCAUCCAUACUUUCAGUCAGCUGAACUCCACACCCCACAGACAAGAGGGACGGUUUCUGCUUCAGUGACCUCUGAGGUUUUGGAUUCGACUGUGUUUGUUGAAGGUCAGACGUCAACAUCUGUGGAUGCGCCGAAGCGACAAAAAGUCCUUCAAGAAUUGUUUUUACGCUCUUAUCCUGAUAGUUCCAACAUGAGCGAUGAGUUUUUUGGUCCCAACUUUGAUUCACUCAACCCAACUUCAGCUCAAAGUUCUGUCACCCAGACCUGGAUAAGACCUUCAGGACCAGAUACUGAACUCUCCUCAAAGCCAGCGGCCCCCCAGCUGGUGACCAACUGGUCUUUUUCCCAUUUCCUCCAAACAACACAGGCUCCUCUUCCAUCUUCCUCAUCUCUAACCCUUCCUCAACAAUCUUUCACGAUUAAUGUUUUACCAAAGUUCCAUCUUGAGCUUUCAACACUCCCCUCUUUUAUCCGACCUACAGUCUCAAAUGUAGAACAUGGAUCAUCUCCAGAGCCACGUCCUCAACGUCCGCCCUCAGCUCCUAAGAAUCAGGUCUCCACGCCACGAGAUGACAAAGUCCUGUACCAAACAAACAGAUCUUUUCCUCUAAAUGAGACAGAAAAACCACUGACCGACAAAGAGCUCACUGAUUCAAGGUCAAGGAGGAACACCUCCCAGUCUUCUGUGACCAUCAAUGAUCCAAAAGGGACUCAGCAGUCGCCAUCAUGGCUGCCUGUGCUGGAAAAGCACGACAUCCCCGUCGUGGUGGGAGUGGGCGUGUCUCUGGCUUUCAUCUUCAUCACUGUAACCUUCUACUCAGUGGUGCAAAAGAACGAACCUGCACAAAUGUGCCGAGCAGCUCAGAGGAACCUUGGGAUCCCAAUUCGCCAUGCAGACUGCCGCUCUGCAGGACGCACCUAUGAGAACAGGGCUUUUGAGGACGACGACUGUGUUGCAGUGAUUGAACAGAGCCCAAAUACAUCAGACACCCGAACACGACCUCCAGGACCCUGUCUGGUCACCGUGCAGAUGGAGCCCACUUUUCAGGAGCUUUCAGAGAACGCGCUGCCAGCCUCCGUCACCGUGGAGACCCAUCCUGAACCCGUCACUGUCACAAAGGUGGACUCAUUAACGGAGGAGGAGAAAGGCUGCAGUCUGUCUCAGCCCAGCAUCCGGCUUCAGUCGUCUGAAGAGUGGACCAGCAGCAGAGGAGACACCCCCAGCCUUUGCCAGGAGACCUUGCCCCCUCCAUCAUCUUCACCCUCCCACUCCAUCUCCCCCCCUCCACAAUCCAGACGUCAGGAGGCUCUUCACUCCUCCCUAACUCUGCAAAGUGCGGAGUUGAGCGUGGCACCGAUCCAGCACAGCCUCAGCGUCUCCCACGGCUCGCCUCCCCUGCUGCUCUCCCAUCACGUCUCUCUGGGCCUCACAACGGUUGCUGUCGACGUGCAGUUUUACCCAGCAGCCACUGCUCCCGUCACAGUGGGUGCCAGCACUCAAAUAAAUUCAGCGUCAAACUCAACCACAGCGACUGUGCCUCUGUUCAGCCCCUUGUUAGUCAGCGGCCAUGAGGAGGACGACCCGUCAACCGCCAAGUUUCCUGCCAGGAAGUAGGUCCAAGACAGACAUUGUCAUUAUAAUAAUAAUAAUAAACUUUAUUUGUAUAGCACCUAUCAAGAUAAAAAUCUCAAAGUGCUUCACAAUAAAACACAGUAAAACAUAGUAAAACA